CGCGCCCCCAUUCUCAGAAGGCAAAAUCGUCUCCUGUUUUUCUGAAUUUCUUUUUUCUCCUUUUCUCUAUCUAAAAUCCAAUCACUUCUCUCUCUCUAUAGAUCCCUAAAAUUUCUCAGUCUCUCUCAAAACCCUAACGAUCGAGCAGCUGUUGAGCUCUAUUUUUCUCAGUACAUUGGGACGAUCACCACUUGUUUUCUUUGAUUCAAUUUCAAUUCUUGGGAAAAGAGGGAUGAGAAUCGGAGGAUGAACGAUGCCGGUGCUGCGUGGCGGAGUGCGCAGAGGCCGGAGAGGGAAGCAGCAGCAGCCACUGCAAAACAACAACGCUAACAAUACUAAUACUAAUCAGAAUCAGGGGAACAAUAACGAUAAUCAGGCUGUUGAGGAAAACGCGGCAAUCGCUACGCGAACGAGGAGGAGAAGAGCGGCGGCGGCAGCAGCGGUUGCGGCACCAGUUGAUGACAAUAUAGUUGCUGCAGCGCAAGCGGCAGCAGCGCCUGAGGUUAAGGAAGUUGAAGAGAACAAGCGGGUUUUGGAGGAGAGAAGGGAGGAGGUAGGAGAAAAAAAGAUGGAUGAUUAUGAUAGUGGCGGGAAAAGCCCUGACAAGGGGAAUGGUGGUGAUGAUGAAUUAGCCUCUGCACCGCUCCCUGAGAAGGUGCAGGUUGGGGGUUCGCCAAUGUAUAGAAUUGAAAGGAAACUCGGAAAGGGUGGUUUUGGACAAGUGUAUGUUGGUCGCCGUAUCACUGGUGGUAGCAUUAAUGAAAGAACAGGUCCUGGAGCCAUAGAGGUGGCCCUAAAAUUUGAACAUCGUAAUAGUAAAGGAUGUAACUAUGGCCCACCUUAUGAAUGGCAGGUUUACAAUACUCUUGGGGGAAGUCAUGGUGUACCGCGAGUGCACUACAAAGGACGACAAGGUGACUAUUAUAUAAUGGUCAUGGAUAUGCUUGGACCAAGCUUGUGGGAUGUUUGGAACAAUAAUGCCCACACGAUGUCUGUUGAAAUGGUGGCCUGUAUUGCUAUUGAAGCAAUUUCUAUAUUAGAGAAAAUGCACUCAAGGGGGUACGUCCAUGGUGAUGUGAAGCCAGAGAACUUCUUGCUCGGUGCACCAGGGACCCCUGAUGAGAAAAAGUUAUACCUGGUUGAUCUUGGUUUAGCUACUAGAUGGAGAGAUGGCAAUACUGGCCUGCAUGUUGACUAUGAUCAACGACCAGAUGUUUUCAGGGGAACUGUUCGCUAUGCCAGUGUUCAUGCUCAUUUGGGCAGAACUGGUAGUAGGAGAGAUGAUUUAGAGUCGCUUGCUUAUACUCUCAUUUUCCUUUUGCGUGGACGUCUGCCCUGGCAAGGAUACCAGGGUGAAAAUAAAGGAUUUCUUGUUUGCAAGAAGAAAAUGGCAACAUCACCAGAAGCACUUUGCUGCUUCUGUCCGCAACCUUUUAGAUCGUUUGUGGAAUACGUGGUAAAUUUGAAGUUUGAUGAGGAACCUAAUUAUGCUAAAUGUAUCUCCCUCUUUGACGGGAUAGUUGGACCAAAUCCAGAUAUCAGACCUAUCAACACUGAGGGUGCACAGAAGCUUAUUUAUCAGGUUGGUCACAAAAGGGGUCGGCUGACUUUGGAGGAUGAGGAAGACGAACAACCUAAAAAGAGAGUUCGGCUGGGGAUGCCUGCAACGCAGUGGAUUAGCAUUUAUAAUGCUCGCAAACCAAUGAAACAAAGAUACCAUUACAAUGUGAUGGAUGCAAGGCUUUCGCAGCACAUUGACAAGGGGACAGAAGAUGGCUUAUUCAUCAGUUGUGUAUCAUCUUGUCAAAAUCUGUGGGCACUAAUAAUGGAUGCUGGCACAGGCUUCACUGCUCAAGUGUAUGAGCUAUCACCUUACUUUCUUCACAAGGAAUGGAUAAUGGAACAAUGGGAGAAGAAUUAUUACAUCAGUGCAGUUGCAGGAGCUGCAAAUGGUAGUUCAUUAGUAGUAAUGUCAAAAGGCACACAGUACUCCCAACAGUCCUACAAAGUAAGUGAUUCAUUUCCGUUCAAGUGGAUAAACAAAAAGUGGAGGGAAGGUUUCUAUGUUACCUCCAUGGCCACAUCAGGGCCGAGAUGGGCUGUUGUUAUGUCCCGUGGUGCUGGAUUCUCGGAGCAGGUUGUGGAACUAGAUUUUCUUUACCCAAGUGAGGGCAUUCAUCGUCGCUGGGAUCAUGGAUAUCGUAUAACUGCUACUGCAGCAACCCUUGACCAGGCUGCUUUUGUUUUAAGCGUACCAAGAAGAAAACCAUCGGAUGAAACCCAGGAGACGCUGCGUACAUCUGCCUUUCCCAGUACACAUGUGAAGGAGAAAUGGGCGAAAAAUCUGUAUAUUGCAUCUGUUUGCUAUGGUCGUACAGUUUCUUAGGGCUGCUAGGUUAUGAUUUCUGGUCAACUUCAGUGAUCAGAACUUCAUACUGGGUUUUAUCUUUAUUAGAGGAAACAAAGCAACUGGAUAACAAAGCACCUGGAUUUGUUCCAGAACAUGCCAAGGUCUUGUGAAAUUUUGAUGCAGCAAGCGUAGGUUUAGUCACAGUACAGAUGCUAAUGGUAGGGUCUUGUAUCACCUGUUGUGCAUUUCGGUUGGCGGAUGGCCCGUUUGCAUAAAGUUUGUGUUUUUCUUGCCAUCAAACGUGUGUAGUCUUUUUCAUAACGAGUGCUUUUUUUAGAUGUAUGUUAUUAGAGACUGACUUACAGUGUUUAUAUUUGCCCAUUUCGGGCAGCAGAUGGAAGUCUGAUAUUUACUUUUUAGUUUUAUGCUCA